GUGCAAUCUGGGAUACAUAAUUUUGCAGCCACCAUCUUUGUUGCCGGUGAAAAAGUGUAGCAUUUUUUGUCGUAUUUGGUGAGUGUUUUAUCAUUUAAAAAUGGACAACCUGAGUCCAACUCAGGUUCCAGCCCCAACGGUGAUUGGUGAGAGACUGUGCUCCGCAUGAGAAAUUGCUGAAGGACCAUUGAAAGAUCAGCAAGACAUUUAUGAAACUGGCUGCUUGUGCAACCUGAAGCAUAGAAGUGGUUAAUGCAAAAAGUUGCAGACCCUCAAUUGCUGAUGAACAGGCUGCAAAACAAGAUCUACACCAUGCCUCCAAAGAAGUGGGUCAAAAUAAAUCCUCCAGCAGCUACUCCUAGUCCUAUCCUUGCCCAUGCUCCUGAGGAAUCCAGUGACUCUGAGGUCUCCGAUGUCACUGGCCUGAACAAGAAGAAGAGGAAGGACAAGACUGUGGCAACGUUGUCUGAAGAAGAAGAGGAGGUCAUGUUGCAGUGGCUAAAGCAGCACCCAGAGUUUUACAACAGGAGGAUGAUGGAGUAUAAAAACAUCCAGAGGAAGGAGGCCCUGUGGCGACAGAAAGCAUCAGACAUGGGGAAAAGUGUGGAACAUUUAAAAACCUGGUAUCGGAGUAUGAGAACGAGGAUGGCCAGGCUUCUGAGGAAUAAGGCCAUGAAAACCAGUGAAGAUCUAACAGACAGGGACACGUGGGUGAUAGAGAACUUAUCCUUUCUCAGAAAGCACAUUGAAGCUGUGCACAGGCGGCCAAUAAAGGGCAUCACUCAGAGAUCUGCCCAUACAACUGGACAAGGUUCUUUUGACUCUGUCAUCUCCAUUAAGACUGAAGCUGUCUCCGAUACUACAGAAGCACCAGUCAGCAGUACAUCCACGUCUACAGUCCCUAAGAUUCCAGAACUAAGAAGGCCAGGUGAGCAGGACAGGAGCACCCUCGAGGGCCUGACCAACCAUGUAAUGACAAUGCAAAACCAUCUCAUCAGCCGUCUCCAACCACAGGGCGACCAGGAGAGGCUGGCGUUCUCGGAGUGGGUACGUGCGAGCCUGGUCGGCUUGGAACACGACGUGUGGAGGCAGACCCAGAGGGAGAUCACGGAAGUCCUCUUCCGUGCGAUAGCGGAGAACGACGCUGCGAGAGAAUGGCCGUCACAGGUUCCAAACCUGACCCCUGUCUGGGCUUCCACCAAUCAGGAGCGGCAACAGCAGCAGGUUCAUCACGUGAACUCCCAGAGUCCUGUUCCUCAGUCUCAAGUUCAAGAACAGACAAGGCCUAGAUCCGCCCCUCCUGCCACGUCUACCUUCGACAAUUCCGACGUUUCGCAGGACGUCAGCGGGUUCAUUAACAACCUUCUUCGUAACUUUGAUACGAGAUACAACUUACAAGAUACGAGUUGACUUAGUGCUGUAUUAGUUUGUCAUACUCAUAGUCUUAUGUUGAAUUAAAUAGAAGUUGAACUAAAGGUCGAGUCAGUUGAAUGUACAUUGAAUUUUACAAUAAAAAGCUUGAUGGUAGAUAUACUAAUAUUGCAAUACAGUAUUUUGCACAAGAGCAAGAUUAAACAGCUGAUGAACUAAAUGUACAAAUAACCGUCAACAAUGUUUUUAAACAUCAUGAUGUUAGACAUUUUAACUUCGCUUUUUACAAUGAUGCAAAGACAAUUUGAUACAGUGUAACUGUUUUUUUUUACGAGUUAGAUAGGAUAAUAGUGAAUUGCUGUAUUAGUUAAUUUGCCCCUAGAUUAAGAUUGUGUCUUUGGUGCUUCCAUUUGUAACGCUCAACUUGGGGUAAAGUUAGUGUUCUUAUGCCUUUUAGCAAGCCUAGAUGUGCAAAUGCAUCUGUAGGUAUUUCAAUGGCAUGACUUAUAUAUGUUGUAUUAUCAUUUCUAACAAGAGUAUGAAUAAAUCCCCACUGCAAUGACUGUUUAUGAAUGUCAGCUUUUGUAUCAUUACUAUUUGAUAUGAAACCUCAAUAUGCGAUGUCUACAAAGCCAAUGCAAUAGGUUUCUGAUAAUGUUAAUUGCUAAUGUAAAUUGACUUUUGUGCUAUGUAACAUAGAAAGUUGAUUGACGGACUAAGUUACAAGUCAAACUAGUGAGAAUGAUAAAAAUAUUCUUUAACCAUACAACAUUUCAUGUACUAAUAACUAUUAUAGUCAUUGAUAACCCCCAACCCCUGAUCUGACUAAUACCUUAUGAAUACAGUAGUUCAUCUUACAC